AUGUCUGUGAGAUUUGCGGAAAGACUGAAACCAUUCAAGUGCGACUUUUGUGAAAAGGGAUUCGUUAUGGAAAGUAAUCUCAAAGCUCACCAAAAAACCCAUUCUGGAUUGAAGGAGUUUAUUUGCGAGAUUUGUGGAGUUUGUUUCACCACAAACACUUCCUUGAAGUGUCACAAAAGGACUCACUCGGGUGAGAAACCCUUUCAAUGCGUUACUUGUUUGCGCAAAUUUGCCAAUCAGAGCAAUUUGAGGGCUCACGAGCGAAGUCACAGUGGAGAGAAACCAUUUUCCUGCACUGAGUGUACCAAAUCCUUUGCCACAUCGACGGACUUGAUCAGCCACAAAAGGAGUCACACAGGAGAGAAGCCGUUUCGCUGUGAUGUCUGCAACAAGACUUUCUCUCUGGCCUCAAAUGCCGCAGCUCAUCGACGCAUUCAUGCGGGAGAGAAGAAAUUCCAGUGCGAAAUCUGUGAGAAGAGAUUCCUUCUGAAAGCCUCGUUGCUCAAUCAUCAUCGCAGUCACACUGGAUUGAAGCCUUUUCAGUGCAGAUACUGCGAUAAAUCCUUCCCUUAUCGCAACUCUCUGGCGUCUCACAUAAUCUGCCACACUGGAAGUCGCAUGUUCGAGUGUUUAGUCUGUAAGAAAAAGUACACGCGAGCGAGUUCUUUGCAAAUCCACAAGAAAAAGCACGAAUCCUCAGAUUCACAGAGUAUGCCAGUUUGUUGUUGUUUGGUUGUUUUGCAUAGGAAUUCGAGUUGUCUUCUGGCAUUCUUUCCUCUUUAUUUGGCCAAUAAAAUGCAGUCUCGAAGUGUAAUUUGCAGAUUAUGCAGAAAAUAUGAUAAAAAUUCUAUUUCACUUAUCGAUGGGGACAGAUUUUCGGGUGUUCCUAUGCUAAAGAAGCUCCAAAUGAUCACUCAAAUUGAGAUCUCUCGAAACGACGCACUUCCAACAUCAGUAUGCCCUAUUUGUGUGUGGCAUGUGAACAUCACGUACAAGUUCAUAAUGGAAUGCAAGAGAUCCGAAGAAUGGUUUGUGAAGUCUCUAUCGCAGCCGAAAACCGCAGAUUUGGAGGAACAAAGCAGCAAAGCCAAGAGCAAAGAAGUCAGUUCCAAUCAGAUAAUUCCAUCCAGUGUGACUGAGGAAGUAGCUACUUCACCACUUCCGCCCGUUGAAGACAUCAGUCGUGAUGCUUUUGAUGAGUCUAGUUUGUCCAGUUUGCCAAGUCCUCCGCCUCCCAGCCCACCCAAAGCUCCGGAAGUCUUUGAGGAGAUACCGGAGAAACCAAAAGUUUUGACGAGGACGAGGAUAGGAAUGAGCAGGUUUUUGUUCCGAAACGGAAUGUACACUUGCGAGAGAUGCGAGAGAACCUUCAAAGACAAGAGUUCUCUUCAAACUCAUAUUUUUUCGCACGUCAAGCCUUUCCAUUGCGACAAGUGUGAAAAAAAGUUCUCAUCGAAAAACUCCUUUAAAGAGCACAUGGACCUCAUUCAUCUGGGCGUGAAGAAGUACAUCUGCGAAGUUUGUGGACGGAAUUUCAUGUCUUCAUCCAACUUGAGGCACCACCGAAUGCUACACACAGGUGAAAAGCCCUAUCAAUGCAGCACUUGUCCGCGAAGAUUCAACAAGCCUACAAACUUGCGACUGCAUGAACGAGUUCACACAGGGCAGAAACCAUUCGUUUGCAAGUUCUGCGGCAAGGCAUUCGCGUCGUCGUCAAACCAGAAACUGCAUCACAUGACUCACACAGGAGAGAAGAGAUAUGAGUGCGAUGUUUGUUCCAAGAGAUUCAUAUCCAAGGCUGGUCUGGAUGAUCAUCGUCGGACGCACACUGGAGAGAAGCCCUACAAAUGCACGUUCUGCGAUUGUACCUUUGCCCAGAGGAACUCCUUACGAUGUCACAUAAAGACUCACCCGGAGACGAAGACGUUCCCGUGUCCAAUUUGUGCGAAGAAGUAUCUGAGACAAGAUGUCCUUACACUGCAUCUCAAGACACACGAAGACUCUGAGUCGGCAAAUCAGGGAUAAAUUCUUCACAUAUCGCAACUCUCUGGCGUUUCACGUGAUCUGUUACAGUGGAAGUCGCAUGUCCGAGUGUGUAAUGUGCAAGGAAAAACACACGUGAGUGAAAUGUUUUGAGAUUAACAAGAAAAGCACGAAUCUUUCUCAGAUUAACAGAGUUAAUUUUGGAGGCAAUCAUGCAGUUAUACCGGAUUUAUAACACUGGAUGGUGAAAAAACUGGCAUGCAAGACAGUUUGUUGUUGGUUGUUUUGUGUAUUGGAACUCGAGUUUUCAGCGUUCUUUCCUCUUUAUUUAGCGAAUAAAAUGCAGUCUCGAAGUGUAAUUUGCAGAUUAUGCAGAAAAUAUGAUAGUAAUUCUAUUUCACUUAUCGAUGAAGACAGAUGUACGGGUGUUCCUAUGCUAAAGAAGCUCCAAAUAAUCACUCAAAUUGAGAUCUCUCUAAACGACGCUCUUCCAACAUCAGUAUGCCCUAUUUGUGUGUGGCAUGUGAACAUCACGUACAAGUUCAUAAUGGAAUGCAAGAGAUCCGAAGAAUGGUUUUUGAA